GCCGAAGACCCGGAAAUCAAAGCGUUCUUUAUCGGUCUUAGUAAAGUCGCAAAACAGAGAUCCAAGCGAGACUUACCUCGCAAAAAAAUGCGACGGGGUCAACAUACAGUUGAUCUCGUCGACGUCCACGAUCGCGGGUCGACUAUGGAAGGCCGAAGACCCGGAAAUCAAAGCGUUCUUUAUCGGUCUUAG